AAUGACGUUACGCUCUCAUGAAGUCGAGCGCUCAGAUGGGAAUAUGAUCAUUCAAUGGUUCUAAGGCUCGAGAUCCACAGUCGGCAUGGCGACUCUAAAUAAUUAAUUUGAGUAGCCUAAUUUAGGUAAAAUCAAAAAUGAAAUUGUUUUUUUUUAUUGCUUGGAUUCAUUUUGCAUUUACUUACUGUAUGAGGGACAUACCAAGACUAAUCUUGAGUCAAGACAGUAUAGAUGCCCGGCUGGAAUAUAACACAAGUCAGAACCACACGGUCUUCUUCCACCCUGAUGAGGGUGAUGAGCUCUAUGUCGGCGGGACAGAUUUUGUGUUUCAGAUCGAUGUGGAUACCAACCGCAUCAUAGAGUUGUUUCCUCUCAGUACUACUGGUGGACAAACGUGUGGAGAGAGUCCAUGUGAGAAUGUCAUCACUGUUAUCCAGAAAUUUCAGGACAGUCUGUUUGUCUGUGGGACCAAUGGGAACAAGCCUCAAUGCUGGAAGCUGUAUUCCCAGAUGGCCAAUCACACCCUAGAGAUCGUGGAGAGUUAUGAAGGCACUGGGAUCUCCCCUCACAUUUACUCCCAGAACUCCCUCUCCCUCACUGUAGAGGGAGACCUUUACGCUGCUGCCCCUCUGUACAGUGAUGGAACCUCACUCCAAUUCAGAAGGAAAGCUGGCAGCAGAACUAAUGUAUGGAUGUAUGACAAGUGGGUGACCGAGCCGACAUUCAUCUCCGCCAGCUGGGUGAAGCGUAGGGAUGAGCCAUCCAAUGAGAAGAUCUACUUGUUCUUUAGGGAGAAGAACUCUGACAGUAACCCUGAGGCAGACCCAUGGAUCUCCAGAGUAGCUCAAGUCUGUAAGGUAGAUGAAGGUGGCUCUAAGCGAUUCUUCCAGAACAUCUGGACAUCGUUCCUCAAGGCUCGGUUGGUGUGCAGCAUUCCGAGCGAGUCGCUCUACUUCAACCGGCUCCAGGACAUCUAUGUGUUGCAUGCAGAGGAUUGGAGGGAAUCCAGAGUCUACGCUCUCUUCAGUAGCAGCUGGAAUGGCACUGCUGUCUGUAUCUACUCCAUGGAAGAGAUUGACAGGAUAUUCCAGAGCUCAACCUUCAAGGGCUACGAUAAAGACAUUCCUAACCCAAGACCUGGAACAUGUUUCUCCAGCAGCAAAGACCUGCCACUGGCUACGGUGAACGUGGUGAGAGACCACCCAGAAAUGACUGACUGGGUCCAGCCCAUCCAGCACCUCUCACCUUUCUACAUGUCUAACUAUAACUACACCAAGAUCGUCGUGGACCAGGUCCAAGCUGCAGACGGAACCAUGCACAAUGUCCUGCUGAUAGCGACUGACACAGGGGUGAUCCAUAAGAUUUUGGAGGAUGGCUGUAAAGCUUUCAUCAUCUCUGAGAUCCAUCUAUCCAACCACUCUGCUGUGAUCAGAUCAAUGAAGCUAGACUCCAAAAAGAGGAAGCUGGUGGUGGGGUUCUCGGAGCAGAUCUCCUCUCUGGACCUCCAGAGCUGUCAGGAGUACAACGGGUCCUGUGCCGCCUGUGUCCUGGCCAGGGACCCCUACUGCGCUUGGGUCCAGUCUGCAUGCAGACCCACCAGCCCGGGAGGCAUUCAAAAUAUCCAUGAAGGACAAAUUAAUGUGUGCCUUAAAACAGAAGAAAAUACAACAACUGAAGAACCAAAGAAGCCCAACACCAACCGGGUCAGACGUGGUGCCAAGUCCUUCUUUCACUCCCAACCCCCCAAGCUCAUCUCCGACGCCCAGUCCUCCUCUCCCUAUACCUUGGGUCCGUUUGUCCACUCUGUCCCCCUGGGCGUACCCUUCUACCUGGCAUGCCCCAUCGACUCCUACCACGCCCAAUACACCUGGGAGAACCUGGGCCAGACACGGCCUUGUCUCCAGCUGCAGGCAAGCUGCCUCUACCUAAUCCCAUCGAUGCAGACGGAGCAUUAUGGGGAAUACCAGUGUGUGUCUCGGGAACUGGACUAUACCAAGGUUGUGAGAGUGGUCCACGUAACACAGCUCCUCAGCAGCCCUGAACACAGCCCUGACCCCAGCCCUGACCCUAGCCCUGACCCUAGCCCUGCCCCUGCCAGAACUGGCCGACCUCUACUGAAAUCUGCGAGACCCAUCAUCAAUCUUGUGGACACUAUGAACAAGGUCUACAAUGCAGCAACAUGCGUUGUUGAACUGCCUGGAUGGACUGUUUCCUGUGCAGCAGUGGCCGUCCUCAUGCAGCUCCUGCAGUAGAGCUGCAUGUCUGCGUGCUACCUUUAGGUUUCAAGUGGAAGGCUGAAAGCUGGAUAUGGGCCAUGUUCAUUAAGGCAAACCGUAACAAAACAUUUUAUCUGGUCUAAAGUAGUGCACUAUUAAUCAGUGUGUUUUUUUGAGUCCUUCUUAUAUCAGCAGUUGUCAAAACUUGCUUCUUUGAUACCCAGUCUAAAACCCCAAAGAGCAAAGGACCAUCACGUAGAAGCAUGUGGAAAAGCACCUGGUAUGACUGGAACCUGAAGGGUUGUCCACAUGUAGGUGCUUGGUAUGCAGUCAGACACCAGAGCAAUUAGCACCUGUCUCAUACAAAUCCUAAUGAUCUGUUAUAGCAUUCACAGCAACAGAAGAAACACAAUGUCCCCCUCACUCAUUGACCCUCUCUUUGACUUUUGCUAGUGAUUACUGUCUUUGACUGGUUCAGCAUCUAGUGAUUCAACAAGGCCAGUCACUAGAGGCUAAGCGAUUUGUGUUCCAACAUUUUCACUAAGCUGCCCAAAGUCCACUCCUGUAAGCUCACAGUGAGUCUUUAGGCCACAGAGCAGGUGGGCAUGGCCGUGCCGGUUCGGGAGGAGAGGACUGUGGGAGUCGUGGUUCUUGGAAUGGUAGGGUGGAGGAGGCAGACUGGAGAUACGGGAGAAGGAUUUAGCAGAUAGAAGAAAUGUUAGGAUUGAGGAGGAGAGAGCAGUUGGCCAGAGUGAACAAGUGUUGCAGUGGUGUAAGACAUUUGAGGGAGCUGGAGGAGGUGGAGGAGAGAGAGGGUGGAGGAGGUGGAGGAGAGAGAG